AUGCGACCACCGACACAAAUUCUUGAUGCAUUCUCAAAACUUGCCGAACUCAAUCAGAAUGAUAGAAAAGAUGCGUUGAAAGCUAUCAGCGAGCAAAAAGAAGCGCUUUCGGAUAGCGAAGUGAAUAAAUAUUGUGUAGAAAGAUUGAUCACAGGUUUGGCAUCGACAAGAGCCGCAGCCCGAGUUGGGUUUUCUACGGGUUUAUUGAUGUUGUUAACAUCUGAAGCUGGAGAAUCAUGGACAUAUUCGAAAUUGGUUGAGAUUGCUAACAAAAAGAUGGAUUUAUCUGAUAAGGUAUUUUCUUACAAGGGAACUGUUUCAACUUUCACUCUAGAGUUUUAAAGAAAUAUAUGUAUUAUAGUAGUUUUCGACCCGCUUAUCACAAUUCCAUCAUCUAAAAUUGCAGAACUCAAGUCCUAAUAUGAGUUAUGACGUGUCAAAAAUAGGGAUUUCUGUAGUUGAAAACUAGCUUCAAACUUCUUCAAUUUUUACGAUGAAAUUUCGAUAAGCGGGUCGAAAGCUACUAGAACACAUAUUUCAUUUAAAAUCUGAAGUGAAAGUUUUAACAGUUACCUUGUUAAUCAUUAUAAAAUAAAAAGUAAUAAUUGUAUAAUUCAGACAAUUGCCAGUAGCCACGCUGUUGGUCAUUAUUUGUUUUUGGCCGCCAUUGUUCACAGCUCCAAAUACAAAGAUGAUGAGAUCACCAAAAUUGUUGAACACGCCAAAAGAAUUUGGGAAAUAUCACCAAGUUUGACAUUUUCGCUCUACAAACUCUUAGCCGAUUUUUCGCUUCUUCUGAAAGACAAAGAUUUUGUAAAGGUUGGUAUAUUUUUACUACACAUUCUUUCACUUAUAACAAAAUUUUGAAUUUCAGUUUGCCAGUUCUUCAAUUGAACCACUGUUGGAGUCUACGAAUACAGUUUAUACACCAGAAAAUAUCACACUUUCAUUACUUCUUCGUAAGAAAUAUUCUGCAUUUGUUUCGAAAAAUGUUAAAUUUGUCAAAAAAGAUGGAAGUGUUGAUUUCCCAACAGAUUCUUAUUCAAAGCUUCUUUUUGCUAUAAAGAAAUGCGAUCCAUCGAAUACCAAUUUGUUCAUUGAUCUUCUCUUGGAAACUGCGAAUUUCGAAACUUUAUAUACAUCAGUGAUUGAACCAUGGGCAUUGGCAAGUAACGAAACAAAAGUUCUCGAUAGAAUUUUUGGAGUUGUACGACAAUAUUUCGAUAAACACAAUGGAAAUGUCAAAAUGAUUGUUGUGGUUUUCACAAAAGAAGUUUUAAAUCGAAUGGAAAUGGCUAUUAGAGGAAAAGGACAAUUCAGAUUAUUGAGAAAUUCUGUAAGUUUGUUAUUUUUUUUGAGACACUUUCUUUCAAAUUUUCGAAUAGUAAAACUUCAUUCAAUUAGAUACACGGUGUCGAUUAUAUCUCAAAUGUCGCUUCUGAAUUUGACGCAAUGAUUUCUUCAGUAAUUCUUGACAAUCGUCCGGAACUGAAAACAAAAAACAUAAUUGACUAAAAUUCAUAGGAGUUCAACUUACGAGUUUUACACUGUUGAGUUAAUUCUUCAUUUUCAACACAAUAUUGUGAAGAAACAUCACAUUCAAUUGUGCACAAAUCUAGAACUGGAAGCCAGACAGCAUCAGAAAAUGGGUCACCGCCUAAAAUAUCAUAUACAUAGAUUUAUCAUAUAAAUUCAGUGUACAUAUUUGAGCUUACAAAGUUUAGAGUUGUGAAACAAAAAUUGAGAGACAUUUUCGUAUUCAAUCGUUUUUCUUGAAUCCUGACAGUGAAAUGAUGAAAGUAGAAAUAAAAUUAGGAAAAUACAAAGAAAGCGCAUUUGUUAGUGAAAAAGUAAUGAACAAAUACCAAUUAUUGUAAUAAAAGAAAAAAAACUAGAAAUUUAAUAUUAUUCAUCUUUAUAUUGUUGUAAUAAUUCAGGUUCAAACAUUCGCCAACUAUAUCAAAGGGAAAUUGGAGAAUUUGAAAGGACAAGAAGCUUAUGAUUUGUUGAAAGAACUUGAGAAACGUGGAAGUGUUGAUAAAGCUUGUGGUGUUGCGUUGACAACUCUUUUAUUGGGAAAAUUACAGAAGAAACAAGUUGUUACUUGGAUUAAUGUUAGUUUUUAUGAGAGCUGAUUGGAAACAAAAUACUUUUUUUUAAAGGAAAAUAUCUCAAAUCAAGAUGAACUUCGAAAAAUCGUGUCAGCCUUCAGUUUAUGGGAUGAACCAUCGCGCGUCGCAAUUCUUAAUUCACUUCUGUCCCAAACUGCCACUGAUACUACACAACGUGUUGUGACCAGUAUUAUCGAUUCAUUGUUUUAUGUGAAAACACGGGCUGGAGAUUUCGCCUCGAUUCAAUUGUCCGAACAUAAUGAGAAGAUUUUGAGACAAUUGGUUGUGACUGUUGGUGGAGAAGAGAUUGUCAAGAAAUCGGAGAAGAUUUUUGCGAAAGCUAAAUUGAGAGAAAAGUCAGAUUUUUUCCACAUAUUUCUCAAAAUUUAUUUUUGUUUUGACGUGAUCCAAAAAUGUGGAUAUUUCGAAUUACAUUUCUCGGAAAAUAUUAAUUUUUUAUUUUCAGAUCUUUGUUCAUUCUUUGGCUUGUUAUCCGACUUUGGGCCGCUGUUUCGCCAAAUAAAGAAGACGCAUCUUCAUAUGAAUCUGAUCUCGAAGAACUAAUUGAAAUCGCGAAAAAUGAAAAAGAUGAAAAUAAUUCGCAAGUUUUUGUCGAUUUACUCAUUGGAAUACUUUCGCGCGAAAAGAAGUUCCAUCGAACUCCAGUUGCAUUCGCAUUUGCACAUUCACUGAACACUUUGAAAUCGAAGGAUUUGAUCCAUAUUGUCGAAACAGCUAUGAUGAGUGAAAAUGAAUUGAUUGAUAAUGAAGAAGAUGAGGAAAUUGAUGAAGAAGGAAUGCCAUUUGAGAAUGAAGAUAAUGAAAAUGAGGAAGAUGAAGAUGAUGAUGACGAAGAAGAAGAAGAAGAUGACGAGGAGAAUGAUGAAACUAUUGAUGAAGAAUUACUUGCGAAAUUGAAUUCAGCACUUGGUGAUGCAGCAGCCAAAGAAGAUGGAAGCGAUCAAGAAAUGGAUGAUUUAGAUGAUGAAGAAAUGCAAAAAAUGGAUGAAAGACUUGCGGCUGCAUUCAAAAUGAUGGCUCCGAAAAAGCUUACGUAAGUUUUGGCCUACACGAAAUUGUAGCCCGGGAAGACUUGGCUUGAUUUUCCUCACAAUUUUUUCCUUGUUUUUAAAAAAUUAAUAUUCAGAAUUCGUUUCUAGGCGCAAACAAUCGACCAAAAAUGUGGAAGCUCUUAAAAUGAAAAUCGCUGACAUUCUUCUCAUUGCUAUUUCGUCUCAAAGUGUCACACAUAAAAAUAAAUUGGUUAGUUUACUCUCACAAAACCAACUUCACAAUUAUAAUAAUUUCAGAAUCUCAUUAUUCCACUUCUGAAAUGGGCAAAAACUGAUUUGAAGCAACAUGAUCGAGUAGCACAAAAAGCAAUUGAGCUCAUCAAUAUUAUUUUGAAUAUCAAAAUGAAUGACAUUAACGAGAAGGAUUUGAUUACAUUGUUGAAAGAUAUUAUUGAAGAAUCGCAAAAUGUUACGAAUCCAUCGAUUGUUGAAGUAUUCUCUUCGAUUAUCUCGUUUGUGGUUAGUUUUUGGAUUUAUUGAUUUUUCAAAAUCAGAAAUUCACACUUCAUUAUUUCAGCUUGAAACUAGUGCAUCAGAAUCGCAUAUAUCAUCUGGUAUCAAAUCGGAAUUCUUGGCACUUUUCCAGAAUUUCUUCAAGAGUGUUGAAGGAAAAAUUCCGGCUGAUUUUGUUAUCAAACCAAUCACAAAGUUACCGGUAUGCGCUUUCCAACAAGUUUUUCAAAAAUUUUAAUUUUUCAGAAACUAUUUGUUGAUGAAUUGAAUAUGCUAAUCAAUGCUGGAUUUGAUGAACAGAACCGAAUUUUCAAAAGAGUAAGGGUUUUAACAAAAAAUGAUAGUUCUAAUUUUAUUUUUCUUUGCAGACUGAAGUUUUGAAUGCGACAUCUGUUAUUUGCACCAAAGAAGUUUUAGCUGACGCAAAAAUUGAGAAGACGGUGGUAAAAAAUCUUGUACAAAAAGCUUCGAUUUAUUUGAAAAAUGUUUUGGAGGGAGAUAGUUCAGAGGUAUGUUUUGAGCUAUAAGUUCUUGUGAAAAUAUUCAUUUUUUCAGAUUAAACCUCGCUUUUUCGCCACAGUUCUCCGUGUUGUUCUCAAUUUAUCUGCAUCGAUUGAGGAAAACGAAAAGUUGGUCAAAAUAAUGAGAGAUUCGUUGGAAAGUAUUAUUGUGGAGAUAUCGAGUGGAGAGAAUUUGGCAAAGUUGAAGAAAAUGAAUUCCGCGUGUCAACAGGUGAGAUUUAUGCUUUGGGAAAGAAGGAGUUGAUUUUCUCAAAGUUUUAAAUAUAAUUUAAAAGUUACUUUCCAAGCUUUAAAACUUGAGCUUAAUUUGAAUCUAAGGCUUUGGUCUUAUUCUGUUUCGGGAACUCCCCCUUUCCCGUUUAGAUCCGAAAAUUAAAUCCAAUUUAUUUGAAAAAAAAGUAAUUUUUAUAAAUUUUAUUCAAUCAUUUCAUCGAAAUAUUUUUGGAAAACUGAAAUUGAAAAAUAAUCGAUUUUGGUUUUUGGAAAGUUAUAGGACAAAAUAACAAAAUCAGACAAAUGAACUUUAUACUUUUGUUUGUUUUUAACUAACUUCUGAGAGAAAUUUGUACUUUACUAACAAGUGUUUGAUAAAAAUCACAUGCUUUUUUUUCGAAAACCAAAUAUUCCUUAUUCCAGAUUGUUGGAAAAUCAUUCCCAUCGGUCGUCAAAAGUAUCAAGAAACAUUUGGAAAUUUCUACUGAAAAUUAA